AAGUGGUGUCUCUCCCUAGAGAAAGCGGUCAGCGAUAAGCUGAGGCUUGCCUUAUCAGCCGGUUUGUCGCUCUUAUUUUAUCGCGUGGUAAUCCGGCAGUUGAACUCGGAAUGCUGAGCUGUAGACAACUUAUUUCCCGGCUGGUAUUCCUCCGGAAAGCGAGCACCUUAGCUCGUAUGACAGCCUCUGGAUGCGUGGAAGUCCAGGAGGGGGCGAACCAUCCAUUGAAGUACCCACAAGUUUGGUUAAGAGAGAACUGUCAAUGUAGCGAAUGCUUCCACGCCGCCACAAGAGCCAAAAAAAGUCACUGGGAGCGUGGACCCAUCAAUAUGGAGGUGUCCCAAGUGACUUACAACCGGGACCAAAAGCAGUUGGACAUUAUCUGGCAGGAUAAACACAGGAGCUCCUUUGACAUUGCCUGGUUAAGGGAGAGGGACUUCGGAGAGACUGCCAGAAAACGAUACUUAGAGGAGGUUUACAGACCUAGUCCACAACUUUGGGGAAAGUCAGAGUUUGAUUCUGUAAGAAAAGAGUUUCAAUACCAGGAUGUGCUUCAGCAGGAUUCAGUACUCAAGGAUUGGCUGCAGACACUUGCAGUCCAGGGAUUCGCUAUUCUGAAAGGAGCUCCCGACGACAUUAAUGUUGCCAAGCACUUGGCGAAAAGGAUUGGCUUUAUUAAACGCACCACCUACGGCGACGUUUUCGAGGUGAAAUCCAAACCAAAUGCGGAAAACUACGCCUAUUUGAUGACUCCCCUGCCACUCCACACGGACUUGCCUUACUACGAAUACAUGGCCGGGAUCAAUAUCCUGCACACCCUUGUCCAGUCGGAAUCUAAAGGAGGUGCCAAUACUCUCACGGAUGGGUUUUAUGUGGCCUCUAAGCUGCAAAAACAACACCCAGAAGACUUUGAGGUUCUCAAAUCUGUGCCCGUAAAUUGGUUCGAUAUUGGGCACUACGGCGAUAGCUCUAAGCCCUUCCAUAGCCUCUGGAGAGCCCCGGUGAUUUGUUUGGAUGUGGAUGGCAAGUUCGCACGGAUCAACCACAACCACCCCAAGCGAGACAGCCGCUUUUCAGUUUCCUUGGAGCAGGCUGUGGCCUGGUACAAGGCUUACUAUAAAUUUGUGGAAAUGGCCCAAGCCGAGGCGGUAGAAUUCAAGACUAAUGCCGGCGAAGUUUUCGUGUUCAAUAACCUUCGAAUGUUGCAUGGAAGAACGGCCUACGAGGACGCACCAGGAAACAAACGCCAUUUAGUAGGUGCCUACGUCGACUGGGACAUUAUCUACUCCAAACUGAGAACUCUGAAGUUCCCUAAUGCUAAAGAUUAGGCGAUGAUUUAAAUUUGGUAGUGGCAGAGGACCAACUAUGCUUAUGGUAAUAUAUGGGUCAUAUAUAGUAUGUCUUCAAAUUUGUGGGACACUAAAUAUUAUUAAAUAUUACAUAAUAAUUUUGGGUGAAAAUAAAGAUAUAUACCAUUAAAUAGCAA